GCGCCCUCGGCCUCCUUCGACGCGUUCCAUGCUCGGCCUUCGCACCAUCGCCGCGCGCGGUGCGGCGGCGCGCGUCCCCGCGCUGCUGCGGCAGGGCCUGCCCGGCAGCGCGCUCGCGCAGCGCAGCUUCUCCGCUGGCGUGAGCGAAGCCGACGUCCUCGCCGUGCAGUCCAAGUGGGCGGCGGCGAUCGAGACCAUCUCGGCGACGCACAAGGACGGCGGCGACUUCAUCCAGGCGGCGGCCGACGCCGCCGGCGAGCUCUACGCCUACGGCCACGGCGACGUGCUCUUCAAGCCGACCAAGGCCGCCGCGCACCAAUUCCGGCCGACGCCCGAGGAGGCCAUGUCCUACUUCGUCGGCGGCGCGAACGUGGCCGACGGCUACGACGAGGACGGCGGCUUCGCCAUCAACGGCGGCAAGGGCUGGGCCAAGUGCGUCUACGACAACCACAACGUCGUCGUCAAGAACGACGUCGCCAUCGCGAUGGGCAACUACUACUUCACCUGCGCGACGACGGGCGAGGAGGCCAAGGUCGAGUACACCUUCGGCUACCAGCGCUGCGACGACGGCGUGGUCCGCAUCUUCCUGCACCACUCCUCCGUCCCGUUCGCCGCGUGAGCGCGCGACCGCGGCGGCGGCCGGCGCGGCGAGCUCGCCGGCGGUGAGAGCCGUCACCAGACGAGCUAGGCGCGCACGU